AUGAUAGCAUCAAUCUCUUCGAAAUUUCCAGAAAAUAAUUCAGCCGAUGUUUCGGACUCAUCUGUAAUAAUGCAACAAAAUCGACAAUCCCCAAAGCAUUCACGAACACACCCUGACACCUCGUCGGAUUCUGGUUCUCAACAAGGCGUGAGGAAAUCUCGGAGGACGUCAUUGCGUGAAAAACAGACAAAUUAUGCAGAAGCAACUAGUUCUUCAUCUUCAGAAUCAGAAGUUAAAUUAGGUGUGAGAAGGCGACGACCAAGUUCACAUAAAUCCGGAGAGGAUUCAGUCUCAUCUUCGAAUUCUGACUUGGAAUCUCGGCCAAUAGUUAAAAGAGUUCGUUCUUCUCGCGACUCUCAAUCUCCAAAAAAGUCAAGUAGUUCUUCACUUUCUGAAAUUUCAGAAAAUUACUUGUCUUCUGCUCUGGAUACUGAAAGUGAGACGCAAGAACCACCAUCACCUCCCGAAACACCUAGUCUACCACUUCAAAAACGUCAUUCAUCUCAAUCAGAAUCAUCAGAUGAUACGUCUGAAGAUACUGAUAGAACAUCGGAACCUCCGUCACCUCCAGGAACUCCAGUACCUUACGAUCCAUGUAAAAUCUGUGGUGGGUUUGAUGAUCCAUUAGAUUCACAAUAUCCACUUCUAAUUGUUAUGGAAUAUCCAACCGUAAACCAAUGGGAAGAAGUUGGCGCUGUGACCCAUGUCUUAAUGGAAGAAUUCGCAGAGCAAUUAAAGUGUGUUAAAAAAUGCGUUCUAUGCAGUCGUCCAGAGGGUGUAAAUAACGCAAUGAAGAGAACUAACGGGAAUAACUGGGUUCACGUUCUAUGUGCUACAUUUAUUCCUGAAACUUCAUUCUACGACGCAGAAAAUGUUUUCUUAAUCAUGGACAUUGAAGACAUUCGAGAUGAGAGUUGGAAUGCUAUUUGCUCUAUAUGUCAGAUGCGUGGAGGUGCUUGUAUACGAUGCUCUAAUUAUGCCUGUAAGAAAUUUUUACAUAUCACAUGUGCACAAGAGGCAGGUUGCAAUAUAGGGUUUGAAUUAAAAUCCCAAAAUCUAGCCUCUUCACAACAGGAAUUAUCUCAAAGAUUAUCUCCAUUAAACCUUAAAUCUGAAGAAUCUCAAGAUGAUAUGAAACAGUCUAUAUUUGAUGAUAUUUCUCAGUGUGAAAUGAUCUCUAGAGUUUUUUGUCGUGAUCAUACUGAUUUACCUGAAAAUUUUGUGAAACUAAAUAUUCGCGACUCACAUUCUCAUCAGUCAGCACUGUAUAUUUAUAUUAAAAAAUAUAAGCAAUAUGAUGCAUCUCUUAGAGAGUACAAGUUAAAGACACGAUAUACGCUAACAAUUCCAGACCAAAUUCGAGCUGCAAUGAAUGCUCAGGAAGCAUGGAUCUUAAAAUACAGAAUCAUAUCAUACGUCCUUCGGAUAGGCAUUGCUCACGUUGUCCAGUCACACGCACAAUCAAAUGGUGGCCUGCAAAGUGGCAUUUUUUACCAAGACCUUCAAGGUUUUCUGUACGAGAUGUCAGUGUUGUAA